AUGUCAAACUCGGACCUCUUGAAAAUCCGCGAGUUUGACCUGCCCAGCAGUGACAACUUCAAUCUGAUGCAGUACCUGGGAGCCACGGAGGCCGGGUACGAUACGAACGAAGAGGAUGGGUCGAUGGUGUCGCCGACUUCUUCCGCCGGAAGCAUGAACCAACAACAGAUGCAUCGUCAGAAUCCAAACUUUCAAGUGAGUUUCAAAAAAAAAGAAGAUAGAAGAGGAACAAACAACCGACGACUUCCGGACUCUCCACCAAUGACCGAUCUUUGUGGUAAUGCUUCCACAACAUCCUCCUCAUCCCAUCACUCUGAUCCAAUGUUCUCUCCAAACGAAUUCAACAACUACAGUGGAGCGAACAACAAUAACAAUCCAUCAAUGAUUCUGGGUGUUCAUGAUAUGGCUCAGCAGCAACAACGUGGCAACAUGAUGACAUCUCAACAAGUGCUUCAACAACAACGACAACAGCAACAACAACAGCAAAAUGGACAGAACUACUGGAAUCAGAACAAUGGACAGCAAACUCCACAGUGGAAUGUCGAGUCCAGCUUUGGAUAUGCCACGAAAGAGAGUCGAAUGGAUACGCCAUGUGAGACUCCACGGAAUAUAACAAGCUUCUCUGGAUUGGAUGGAUUCCCGGAUGAGAACUACAGUCACCAACAAGCGAUUCGAUUCUCAAAGUUCCAAGAAGAGCAAUGGAAUCCACUCUAUGACAUCAAUGGAGUCGUUUUGCAACAACUCCAAGUCCACGUAGUUGCUGAUAAAGGAUUCAACUACAGUAAUACUGAUAAUUGUUUCGUCAAUCAGAAGAAGAACCACUUCCAGGUAUCUGUCAAUGUUGAAGCCUCUGACAUCAUGCCGCCACACUAUGUAUUCUUCAACAACCGCCACGUCAGGAUUCGUGACUUUAAGUUGGCCUUCAGUGGUGUCAAAGCUGAGAUGACGACUUCUGAAAUCACAAUUCGCCAAUCUCGUGCCGACCGUAAACCACAUCCACAUACUCCUGUUCUCUUCGAGAUCCAGGAACGACGAAUGACCAAAGUCUGUGUGCCACGUCUUCAUUUCUCGGAGACCACACUCAACAAUCAACGAAAGAACUUCCGUCCAAACCCAGAGCAGAGAUACUUCUUGCUGGUUGUUCGGUUAUUUGCCAGCAUUGAUGAUGACAAUAGUGUGCUCAUUCAGUCAUAUGCAUCUGAGAAGGUCAUCGUGCGAGCAACGAAUCCAGGAAGUUUCGAUCCUCCAGAUUCGGAUGUUGCCUGGCAGAGAAACGGACACACCCUCUGUACUCCAGGAAAUGUCGCCAUUGGAACUGAUCGUCAAGCUGAGACUGCUCGUUUGACUGUUGCUGGAGACAUCUACUGCAGUGGACGAGUGAUCAAUCCAUCUGAUAUUCGUCUGAAGGAAGGAAUAUCCGAGAAGGAAACCGCCGAGGCUAUUGAGAAUCUUCUGAAGCUUCGCGUCGUUGAUUAUAGAUACAAAGAUGAAGUUGCCAAUGUUUGGGGGCUCGAUGAGCAACAAAGACAACGUACCGGAUUGAUUGCUCAAGAACUCCAAGCAGUUCUUCCGGAUGCCGUCCGCGAUAUUGGAGAUUAUUUGACGAUCGACGAAGGGCGAGUCUUCUACGAAACAGUUAUGGCUACCCAACAAUUGUGCCGAAUGACAGGAGACUUGGAUAACAAGAUCGACGAGAAAGUAGCUGAGAUCAGUAAGCGGCUAUCUGAAUAUGCAAUCCGCAAGAAACUUGCUAGUUCAAUGGGAUCCAAUUUGAAUGGAGACAACAAGAGUCUCUCGUAUUCAAGAUGCUCACUGACCUCAACAGCAACCAAUGCCACGUCACAACAAUCCAGGAGACAGCGAAACAAGAAGAGCAAACUCAUGAAACAAGCCGAAUCCUGUGGAAACCGUUUGAGCCAAGGAACCGUUGUCACUUUGGUUUCCAUCAUGGCCGCAUGCCUUCUUGCAAUGUCUGCUCUCUAUAUUCUCGACUGGCACAACAGAAACUAUGGAUACCAUCAACAUCAUGACCCAACCUCCUCCAAGAGUGAAGUUGCCAACCUCGUCGUACCUUGUAAGUCAAUUGAAGUAACAAUUAAGAUUUUGAAAAAAUUGAUUAAAGCUGUCUACAUGCAACCAGAUGCCUUAAUAUUACUCGAAAAAUGCUACACUCCCUCUUGUAAAACGUAUUGCUGUACUGAUGCGCCGCCGAUUGUUGAAGACACUGGAGCCAUUGCAACACAUGGCCUUCAUGAUGACGCAGCAGUAGCACCUUCUGAGCCAGUAAACAGAACGAAUGCCAUCUCAAAAAUGCCUGUACCCGAUCAUAUUUCGUUUGGAACUGGAGUUGAAAUCAAGAUUCCAAUGUUGAAUGUGACUCUCGAUCAACGCUAUUGUAUCGAUAAGAGCUGCAACAAGAAGCGAGGAGUCUUCAAUAUCUAUGUUCCAGUCUCCAAGUUCAUGUCAGAUGCUUCUCUAGAAAUUGAGAUAAACAUUCCAAAAAAUAAAGUCAUCGGAAACUGUGGAGCUCUUCACCAAUCAGAUUUCAACCACAAGUAUUGUCCAUUCAGCAAGAAACAACAAACCGAGUCCCCGGUUCCGACUUCAAAAAGACUCUUCGAUAAUAUUUAUGAAAUCUCCGCUGGCUCGUACGUUCAAUCCGCCUACCGGUAUCGUGUCGGAUAUUCGACUGAAAGCUGCUUUACUGAUGAGGCAAAUGGAUCUUACGAGGAGUACAAUUUGAUCUUCUACCGUACCUGCAUACUAUCAUCUUCAUAA